AUGCUAAGAUCCAAAUACCAAAAACCCUCCGUAGCCGAUGAUGAAGUAGAAGAUCGACCCGACGGGGCCGCCUGCGAUACCUUCUUUGCACCUUCCUCCAGCCCGGAACAGUCACCCUCAACGAUUCGGGCACACAAUCUAUCCUGUCCACCAUCUCAACCUCGUAGCCAGCAAGAAACGCUCAACUUGAUGACUCGCCAUUACAUGUACAGCGAACCGAGUCAUUAUUCGCCACCCACGUCCUCCUUAACGGUAUCAAGCAACCCUGUCAUGGACAAUGUCAACCUCACCGAUAAUAUUCAUCGUGAGGAUCAAUCACUUGCUCCUGGAUGGUCUUCACAACUGGAUCUUCACCCUUUCAGCAUUCAAAGUCCAGAUGGAACGAAUUACGGUGACAAUAUAGCUCCCGUAGAGCUGUCAGAUGGACUAAUAACCCGUUCUCUGAACAUGAUAUCACAUCCACCUGGAUUUGGGUUUCCCGAAUUAUCGGAUCAUGAUACACGCUCACUCGUGAAGUUCGACAGUCCCGUUCCCUCUGCUAAGGAUGUAGAAUCGCUUUCGAAAUUGAUAUAUUCUCUUCCUUCCAUCAUCCCGGAGAACGCUGUAGAACAAUAUGACCCUCGACAAUACGUCGGACUUGAAGAGUUCGAUCUUUCACUGAACAACAAUAUCGGACAAAACGGAAUUAGCGAGCUCGUAGUUGAUCCUUACCGCUAUGCCUGGACUGAUACCGCAAACGAUGAAACGAUAUGUCUCCAAGAUCUCGGUGGCUUCCAGGAUCACCGCCGCGAGAACCAAGAGCCCAGGCAACGUUCUGAAGCUCUAUCGCUCGAUCUCGAGUUGAUGAGUGAUGAGUGGGAAACCCAAUUCAAUUAUCCAUCGCAGCGCGACUGGGACAAUUUAUGCCAAACGACGAACAAGUUGGCUAGCAAAAUGGGUAUACAGUGA